AUGCGACUUCAAUUGCAAGCCAGGCCACUAUUUAGAACAGACAUGUUCACAUUUGCAUACUUGCCUCUUGUGAAAAUAUGCCCUUGCUUGUUCUUGAAGCCUCUAGUGGUCUACCUUUGCCUUCUAAUACCACAAGGUAGCAAUGUGUUAUCGUCAAUGCUUUCAAAUUCACAUUGUUGUCUGAAAGCUUUGGUCCUUCAGAGGUGUGAGCUUGGAGUUGCUGGAGUUCUUCAAAUCAGUUUUCUUGAGGAGCUCAAUCUUGCUGAUAAUGCCAAUCUUAGUAUAUCUGAAUCUUCUCUGGCAGUAUCGGUAUCCAAGGAAGUUAAUCCUGCUCAACAGGGUUCAGCAACUCGGCUUGAACUUGGUGAUAGUGCAGAUGAUGAAGUUAGAGUUGAAGCUGCUGCAUCUGGCAUCGAUGACAGCUGCAAAGUGCAGAGGUAUUGUAUUCUGCAUGGUCAAGAUCAAGAUAUGGUUCAGCUCGGAAGCAUAUCAAGGACCAGACAAUCCAUUUGUUCUUAG